AUGUCGUCAGCUCGAGCUGCCUCUGCAAUCAAAGAGGUCAUAAACUUUAAAAAUGCGAAGAGAAUAUCUUUCCUUCUGAUGAUAAUAGUAUCAAUCUACCAUGGAUUUCUAAUGACAAAAUCAGGGGGCAAUUUGUGCAAAUCUCUACUGAGUGAUGGCAGGUCAGGACCUGAUGGAGAGUUUCGACCAUAUAGUUGCAUGAUACAUACUUAUCUGUCGAGGGAUAGCCAUAAAUGCUUUAAAAGACUUGCACCUUGGGGUGAUGUAGUUCGACUCUAUUUUGUGGGAGAUUCACGAUUGAAAAAGCUUUUCAAAGCUUUUGUUUACCACAUAAAUGAUGGAGCUACUGGAGAGAAUUUUACAUCAAAAAUGAGCGUAACAGAUGAUUCUCAAUAUGUAACUGGAGAAGUUGAUUUGCGCUUCUUCCAUCAUGAUGAGAUUACAGAUGAUACACUAAACUUAUUUAAAUCAUGGAGUGGUUCAACUAAUUUGUCCAGUGUUACUGAAUCAAAUAUAGACGGUAAUAAAAUGAAUCAUGUCUCUACACCUACACACUUGGUCAUUUCAAUGGGUACGAAAACGAUACAACGUUACAAUCAAUCGGAAGACGGACUUUUAGAAUAUAUGAAUGGAGUUAAACGUCUUACUGGUGUUCUAGAUGAAUUGAAAUUUGCACGUAGUGUUUGGAUGUUACAAGAUCCUGUUGCAGAGAGUCUUUUAUCUAAAGAAUUGAAAUUUGUUACAAAUGAUUUAAUAGAUAAAUAUAACGAAGUGGCAUCAAGAGCUAUGAAAUAUGUAACUGGUGUAGAAAUAUGGAGUUCAAAUCGUCUAAUUGCACUGGAAGUUGGAUUUCCAACGAUCAACUGGAAUUGUCGUCGACUUCAGACCUUGUCUACAAGUAUAAAUAAUUUUGAUAAAAUGACAGCUGUUACAUCAUCAUUGGAAUAUAAAAAUAAUACUUCUGGUAAUGUAUGUUUGGAAAUGCCGAUGCUUUCGGACGGGUAUCAUGUAUCAGAUAAAGCCAUGAAGGAGAAUGUACAAAUUCUCUUAAAUCUGUACUGCAACAACCAAAUGAAAUUCUCUGAUGGUACUUGUUGUCGUGGUUCUGAGCCGAUUACACCUGUUCAAGAAAAAUGCUUUAUAUUUUAUGCUAUUUGUGUUUUAAGCACAUUUCUGUGCUUUCUUUACAGUCAGUUUGUUUCUCAUGGUGUUCAACUGAAAAACUUCCGUAAAUUUCUAUUAUCCCUUUUUCGUAAAACAACAGAAUCAUCACAACUUUAUAUUCCAAUUGAAAAUAAUUCAGAUGCUGAUGAUGACCAUGUAGACAAUGAUGAUAGUCAUAAUAAUUGCAGUAAUGAUAAUAAUGACACAUCUAGUUCAUUCUUUAUUGAAUUCUAUGAGCUAAGCAGUGCUCUUUCCAAAUUUGGUGCUAUUAUGAUGUACUUUUUUAUAUGUGAUAGGACAAUACUAUUCAUGAAGGCUAAUAAAGGUUAUACAAAUAUGAGUUUUAUCCUCCCUAUUAUCUAUUGCUUUGUAUUAGGUCUUUUCUUUAGUGGGCCUACUAAGCGAACUAAAGUUAAUCACCUUGACAUAACACGUGAAUGGAAGGGAUGGAUGCAAUUAUACCUCUUAAUUUAUCAUUUCACUGAUUCUUAUCGAGUAACUCCAAUUUUUAUGUCUGCUCGUCUAGUUGUUUCAAGUUAUUUAUUUCUAUCAGGAUUUGGUCAUUUCUGUUAUUUUUGGCGUAAACCUGUAGCACAAAUUAGUUGGCUUAAACUGUUAAAUUAUCGACGUUUUUCUCGAGAAUUUUGUACUGCAUGGAAAGCGUUCUGGCAAAUUUUACACCGUUACUUGAUUGUUAUUUAUCGCUUUAACUUCUUCGUCUUCGGUCUAUGCCUUGUAAUGAAUCGUGGUUAUUUAGCCUAUUAUUUCAUUCCUUUAAUAUCUUUUGGUUUACUGUUGUAUUGA